UUCCAAUUUUGAGUGAUAUUUGACUUUUGAAAGAUGUAUAUUUCGUAAAAAAAGCGAAAUAUUUCAGAUUUCAAUAAAGACAAACAAAAAACUCAAACACAAACAACAAAUUCAAAUCAAACUAUGGAAACAUCGAGCGAGCCUACUAAAUCUGAAAUUUCUAAAGUGUUUUCGUCUUCUAUGCAAAAUCUUCCUAUCGAAAUUCAAAACGAUCAAAAACGCAGAAGUUCUUCUCGAUCAAUAAAGCGUAAGCGAUUCGACGACGAGAUUGUCGAAUACAGUAUUGGAUUUCCCCAAUCUCAACAAAGCCGAUUUGGACGUCCACGAACUCAAUCACAAUCGUACGUGACAACAGUAGCCAACCUUGACACUGCGACAGCAGCAGCGGCGGCGGCAGCAACAGCAGUACAAACUCAAAGCGGUGACACACCUCCGAAUAUAGUCUCAGUCAACGCACCGAACCUAACAACUCCAACAAUAAUGCCCUUGCCCGGUCAACACAUCGCCGACAAACGCAAAGCUUUGAAAGCGGGCAAGAAAUCUAAGAAACCUGGCCGCCCGCCUAAUCAGAUCGCAACUAAAGAUUUGGGGCGAUGGAAACCUAUAGACGAUUUGGCUUUGAUAAUAGGAAUCCAGCAGACAAACGAUUUGCGAACGGUCCAUCGGGGAACAAAGUUCUCAUGCAAAUUCACUUUGCAAGAGAUGCAAGCUCGAUGGUAUACCCUCUUGUAUGAGGAGCCCAUUUCGAGAAUAGCUGUUGCGGCGAUGAGAAAUCUCCACCCGGAAUCAGUUGAGAGCGUUCAAAGCCGAGCAUUGUACACUGUUCAAGAGGAAGAAAUUCUAGGCACUAUCAAAAGUACGGAUAACCCGAAGCUGGAAACUUUCCAAGAACUUCUCGACAAAAAUGCAUCGAUAUUUUUCUCUGCCAGAACUGCCAAGGCACUUCAAAACCAUUGGCAACUGAUGAAGCAAUACCAACUACUUCCCGAUCAGACAGUAAAACCUCUGUUCAACGACGAUCAGCCACUUAGUUUUUCCGAUGCCGAGGAACUCAUCUUAGAUUCGGAGCUGAUCGACAACAAAGAUGAUGCAGUUGAAGUUGAACUUGCCCUGGCCGACCGACGUAACAAACGAGAAAUACGUCAGCUCGAGAACGAAUUGGGUCGUUGGAACGUGUUGGUGGACUCACUGACCGGAGCGGGUGUUACACCCGAGUUUGAUGGCCAAACAUUGGCCAUACUGCGAGGUCGUUUGGUGCGCUAUCUCAUGCGCUCCAAGGAGAUCACUUUCGGACGUGACGCUAAAGAAGUGGUGGUCGAUGUUGACCUGUCGCUUGAAGGGCCAGCCUGCAAGGUGUCUCGCAAACAAGGCACCAUAAAGCUACGAAGCAAUGGAGACUUUUUCAUUUCCAACGAGGGCAAACGGCCGAUUUUCAUUGAUGGCUCACCUUUGCUAUGUGGCAAUAAAACGCGUCUCGCCAACAAUUGCGUAGUGGAGAUUGCUGGACUCCGGUUCGUCUUUUUAGUGAAUUACGAUUUGAUAAACGCCAUCAGACAUGAGAGUGCUAAAACAAAUGCUACUUUAAAUUAAAAUAAAAUCCCUUCUUGAUGUUAUAUUGUAAAAAAUAAAUAUUUCACGUGUUUCAAUUUUAUUGGAGACCUUGAA